GAACGCAUCAAAAGCAGAAACACAUAUCGGGAAAUUAUCUUUUCCGAGGAGCACGAGAACGCACCGUCAAAGGGAAGCAUAGCACGGAGCUCCCAGCUGCACCAACAAUCAAUUAAAUCCAUAAAAUGUCUGCUGAGCUGCACAUUGUGAGUGGACCAGAUGUAAAUGAUGCAAGUCUUCAAGGCAACACAGUGGGAGGCAGCAAACCUUUACACCGCUUUAUGAAAGGGCAACCCAAGGCUAUUGGCGUCGUUGUGUUGGUCUUGGGCUCGUCUUUCUUUAUCAUUUCAGUUGCAAUGGCAAAAGAACUCUUUAAUGAGCCUCUGUGGAGAACCGACGCACCUGUCAUUAUUCAGGGAAUUCUGUUCAUCAUAUGUGGGAUUAUGUAUAUUCUGGCAGAGCACAAUCCAACCAAGAAAACAGUCACCAUAUCUUUGGCUCUGAGUAUUGUGUCGAUACUCGCGACAUUGGGGACUGACUUCUACUUCCUGCCUGACUUAAUACAGACCCACUACUAUAGGCAUUAUGUUUACGGUCACAAAGAAGAAGGAUUAUGGAGAUCAGAUUUUGAGGCCAUGGGAAGGAGCUUGGAAUGGAUCUUUGUAUUCUACACUUUUGUUAGUGCAAUUAUUUUAAUUGUAAUGUCAACUCUGGCUGGAGCUGCCCUGCGUUCCACAAAGAGUCAGGCUGUUGUCAUGAUGACAGCUGCACCACCUGAAACUCCAGCAGAAUGAAGACCGCAACAUAAACGUCUGAAGUGGGACAACGUGAGAAGAGAGAAGAACUACGAAGCAACAAGAUCCUUGAGCCCUAAAUAUUAACCAGUAAUAACUAGCUUUAUAUACAAGGCAAUACAGAUUGUAUGUAUGUCUGAACGUGUCGCCGUGUGGUGUUUCUGUGAUCUAUUGCUUUACUUAAUCAUCAGCAAGGACCUGCUGUUUACUCUGCAGCCAGCAGGCGGCGUUGAUUUUCUACGACAAUCCAGAUGAAACUGAAAACCUCCGGCUGCCCAUGACACUUUAAUGUGUUUUUUUUUUACUAUGUAAGCUCUUCUUUAAACAGCAACUCCAAUAAACUCAAACACUGUGACACCUUAACACACUGUCCUCUCUUCACAGUAGAUAGAACGCGAGACAUACCAAAAGAGAACAGGGAGUGUGCAGUGGUAUUAAUAUCAUGAAGUGUGUGUCCCUCCUGUGCAACUGUCACCAUGAGUUUGUCACCAAAAAUUGUAGGUGACGUUUUGAUUAUGUUUGAGACUGACUUGAGUUUAGCAUUUCGUGAGUUUAUGUUUCACCUAAUUUAAUAAAAGUGCUGAAAAGCCAGUGGUUCGUCUCUGGCUGUUUUGGUGAGACCCCGGUCGCAUGCUCAUUUGCCACAGUGGCGCCCCCUGUUGGGAUCCACUGUGUCUCCCCCACGCAGCCUUUUCAGCAUUUUAUUCAGAGACUAUAGGUGCAAACAAAACUUAAAUACAAACAUAAAUCCAGCAACCAUUUACUUUGAACAGCACUUGCCUGACAAUCUACAAAAUUUGUAUGAAAAGCAACUGUUAUACAAGAUCCCUGUAACAAUUCACUAUUAACUGUGUAAACUCAAGAGCAUUAAAGGAGAAAGUAAUUCAGUUCAUACUAUAUAAUACUGUCACAUUCUCUGUAUUUGUAAAAUGUCGAAUAAAAGUAUAAUUUUUUUUAACUUAAA